AUGGAUUUUAACGAAUUUAAUCAAAAUUAUGAAAAUAAUUCAAAUAUAACUAACCAAAAUACAAUAAUCAAUGACAUAAAUGAUCAGAAAACUUAUGAACAUGGUUAUCGUACAAAUAUCCAAGCAUCACAAUUUAAUAAUGUAGAAGAAUUCAUACAACAACCGAUUCAAAAUGAUCAAAUACAAGCGGAACAACUCGAAAGUUUAUUUUCAUUAAAUCCGGAACAAUUUUUACAACAACAUAUUUAUCAUAAUCAACCUCAGAGUUCCUAUCAACAAUCUUCAUACUCGGAAUCGCCUAGUGUAGGACAACGAGUAGACUCAACACAAAAUCAAUUCUUAUACAACAAUUAUAAUCAUACCAACCUACCUUUCUCAUUACCUACAAAUUAUUCAACUCCAGUUCAAUAUAAUACUCAUCAGUCAAGUAACCAAGGGAACCAUAUAGAUUAUGACUCAAACUUUCAAAUACAACACAACUUUAAUCAAGAAACUGAAAUACUACCGUUUUACCAAUCUCUGCGACAAACAUUCCCUAACAUACAAAUACCAGACCGACCUUCAACAGAACCAAAAAAUGUAAAUUUUACCAAUGAAAAAUUAUCUUCAGAUACCCCACGAUCUUCCACAAAAUCAACAACAACUUUAAAAUCUCUGUCUUCCAGAUCUUGUGACACAUGUCGAAAUAAAAAAUUAAAAUGUGAUAAACAAAAACCGACAUGUUCAAGAUGUAAAGAAAAAGGAAUAAAUUGUGUAUAUACAUUAAAAUUACAAUUUAAAGAAGAUGUAGAAAGUCAAGGUAAAAGAUUUGGCAGAGAAGGUAUAAAUUCAUCAAAUAAAAUAACAACAACAGAAUUUAACAAGAGAAGUAAAAAAUCAUAUUAUCAAAUAAUACAAAAUCAAAAUCAAUUAAAAUUUAUAAAUUUUUUUAAUAAUGAUAUAUUAAAUAUAAAUCAAAAAAUUAAACCAAUUUUAAAUAAUUCAAUUAUACCAUCAGAUAUUUUAUCAUUAGAUUUAGAUUCUUCAUUAGAUUCUAAUGUUAUAAGUUUUGCAAUAAGUUAUUAUAUUGAAUUUAUAUCACCAAUUUUAAAUCCUACUUCAAAUAAUAAAUCAAUUACAUUACCAACAAAAGAAAAUGAUGUUAAUAAUAUAUCAAUUGAAUCAGGAUUAAAUUUAAAUUCCUUAGUUCAAUUAUCAAAUCAAAAUAAUUCAAUAUUUUAUUUUAUGUUAAGUUUAGGUUCAUUAUAUUUAUCAAGAACUUUUAAUGAAAUUGAAAAUAAACAACAAAAGCAAAUUUGGAUAGAUAGAGCUUUUCAAUUUCAAUCUUUGGGGCUUAUUGAAAUAAAACCAAUUUUAAAUGAUAUUAAUGAUUUAAAAGGUUAUAAAACAAGUGAUAUUAUAAUUUCAUUAGUAUUAUUAAUACUUUUUGAGAUUGCAAAUAAUUGUAAUUUUAAAUGGAUUGAAUAUUUACAAAUUUGUAAAAAAAUUAUGAAGUUAAAUAAAAUUAAUAUACCUCAAAAUUCAAAUGAAUUUAAUUUAUUAAAAUUUUCUUUAGAAUUUUUAUAUUAUCAUGAUUCUGUGGGGAGAACUGCUUGUAAAGAUGAUACUUUAUAUAUUGUACAAUUAGAUGAUGAAAUAGAAGAAGAAGAAUUUAAUAAUAAUUUUUUUGAUAAGCAAACUGAAAGCAAAUCAAAUAAUUCAAAUCUUAUAAGUUGGAUGGGUUGUGAUAAAAAAUUAAUAAAAAUUAUUGCAAAUAUAACUGAUUUAUCAUUUGAAAGAUUUAAAAGAAAUAUAAAUGAAAAACAAUAUUUAAAUUUUUGUAAUGAAUUAAUUUAUAAAAUAGAUUUAUUAAAAAUUGAUUAUUUUGAAUUUAAUGAAUUAAUUACUGAAAAUGAUGAUGAAAAUAUUUCCCAAAUAAAUCAAUUAAUUUCAAAUAAUGGUAUAAAAGAAGAAGAAUUUUUUUUCCUAUUAUCAAAUGAAAUUAAAAGAUUAUCUACUAAAUUAUAUUUAAAUUGUUGUUUAUUAAAUAUGACACCAGAAGAUGAAGAAGUAAGUGAUUUAGUAAAUAUAAUUUAUAAAUAUUUAAACUUUUUAUUGACAACCACCACAACAGCAAACACAUAUAAUUGGUUUUCAACAUUAUUAUGGUCAAUUUUUAUAACAUCAACAGAAAUUUCAGUAUUAUCAAAAAAUUGUGAAUCAUACAGAUAUUUAUCAUUAAAAUUUUUAAAAAUUUUAACAACAAAAUCUUUAAGUAAUAUUGAAAGAACUAUUGAAAUUAUAAAAAAAAUUUGGAAAAAAAGAGAUUUAAAUAAUAGUGAUUUACAUUCUGUUGGUAUAAUUGAUAUAAAUUCAAGAAAAUUUAAAAAAAGGAAAAAAUUUUUAGGUUUUGAAAAUGAUUGGGAAAAAUUUGUUGUUGAUGAAUAUGGAAUUGCUUUGGGUUAG